UGGAUGUAACACACGAGGUUCGAUCGACGCUCAUCCUGGCGUCCUCUCCGUGGCUCGACAUUCGUUAUUCGCGCGAUCGUAUCGAGGGAUAUAAUUAAUAAGCGACUUUUCUCCAAUUUUUUUUUCUCGUACGGUGGUGAUUCUUUCUUCUUUUUCUUCUUCUCCUUCUUCUUCUUCUUCUUUUUCCUCCUCUUCUCGUAACUGUUUGUCGAGGAUCUCGAAAGGAGGAAGAUGAGCAAGUACUUUGUGACCGUUCUGUGGCUGCUUCCGGUAUUGGCCGCGGCGCUGCCGGCCAAUGACAAGCCUGGAACCGAGAACGACCUCAUGGCGACCAUAUACACCGAUUGUUUGAAGAAGGAAUCGAUCAAUUGCAUCAAGUACAAAGUAUUCUCGUACGUGGACAAGAUGCUCGCCGACAAGGAGGAUUUCACGCUCACGGACGGCAUCACCGUGGUCAAGACGUCCAAUGCCAACGAGGAAGGUGCACCUAGAUCGAUAGAGUCGAGCGACUUGGACACGCUUCUGUUCGACCGCCUGGGCAGGUUCUUGAGGACGUAUUCCAUCAAGGUCGAUCUCAAGGGGACCGAUAUCCUCGGCGCCAUCGAGUCUGCCGGACGAAGUUUCGAGGAUUUCACCGACAACGCCGUGGAAAGUCGUGGCAAGAAAAAGAAAGCCCAGAAGAUUCUCGGCCCCCUGAUGAUGGCUCUGGCCCUCAAGGCGGCAGCCCUGUUGCCGUUGGCCCUGGGCGCGAUCGCCGCCAUCGCUGGCAAAGCACUGCUCGUCGGGAAGAUCGCUCUGGUCAUCUCCGCCAUCAUUGGACUGAAGAAGUUGCUCAGCUCGAGCGGAAAACACGUGACGUACGAGGUGGUGUCGCAUCCUCAUCACAGCAGCAGCCACAUAGUGAGUCACGACGACGGGGGACAUGGCGGUUACGGAGGAGGUGGCGCCGACUAUGGCGGCGGUUAUUCCGGCGGAAGCAGUGGCCACGGCUGGGCCAGAAGUCUGCCUCAAGACGGCCACGAGCUUGCUUAUCGCGCUCACCAACCUCAACCGCAAGCAUAAAGAAUCUCAUAGAAAGUCACUUUCCUCUUUACCUCGUCCUUUUGAUUCACUACUUUCCAUCCACUCCCUUCUUCCUCGUCAUCCUUGCGCUCUCUACUUUAUCACGUUUAUUUAUUAUUUUACGUUCCUGUUCGACGACCUUUCAUCUCAACGUUUUCCAUCUUCCAUUUCCCCUUCUUCUUCCUCGAGAAUUCCUCGAAAUUCUUCCCUUCGUCCUGUUUCUACGAGGAACCAGUACCUCCGCGAGAUACUCGUUCCAUGUAUAGCGUAUAUAUAUAUAUAUAUAUAUUUAUAUAUAUAUGUCGAGCAUUGUUUAUUUAUUCAACUGCGCCUAACAUGACCUAGUAUUUAUUUAAUUCUAUCCAUUCGAUCGUGUGUUAUUUGUUCUUUGUAAUAAAGAGAUGACGAACGGCGCGAUGCGGCGUCUUGUCCCAAAGAGAAAAGGAAAAAAAAAGAGAGAAAAAAAGAAAAGAAAAGAAAAGAAAAGAAAAGAACGAAGCGUACGCGAGCGUGAGAAUCCGUUUGUUCUAUUUAUUUACACUUGCACUUCGAGGAAAUUAUUUUGUAUUGUAGGGUGGCACCACUGAUCCCCAGUGAAUCACGCGCGUUUGAGCUUUUUCUUUUUUCUUCUUUUUCUCUUCUUUUUCUUUUUACCGUUUAAUAUUUACGAAAACGAGCGAAAGUAGCGUAGGAACGCGUCGUCGGUGCAUCCAUUGAUACCCGAACCAGAUACGAGUUAAUGAGCGAACGCGUUAUAGGGGAUUCCGGCUAGUAGAAAGUACUCGCUUGCAUGCAACUCAAUUGUAUUGUUUUCUUUUUUCGAGAGAGAGAGAGAGAAAAAAGGAAAAGAGAAAAAAAAGGGAACAAGCUCAGAAAUUUUCUCCACAGCGAGAUUAUCUUUCCUGCAACGAUACGAAAUUCCUCCCGUCUUAAUAACAACCGUAACAACGUCGUAAACAAUGUAAAAUAUCGAAUAACCAACGUCCACUCGACCGUGUCGCUACUGACCCAGCUUCGUCCAAUGGCUCGUUUAAUGGCUCGUAAACCGUAAUGGCUCUUUUUCGCCAAGCACUCUCAUUACUAGCCACUUGGAUUACCGGCGUCGGCGUAGCGAAACCGGAUGCGCUGUGAACUUCCAACCGGUAACCUGCAUACCUUCUACUGUAUAAUACCAGAUAAAGCGUUACGCGCGUUGUGCUCGGUGCAAGGACGACAAUGGAAUGAACAUAUUACGGACGCGUCCCAUUGGCGAGCGUGUGACGCGCGUGGCAUUGGGUUUCCUCGAGAAGGUAUCAUCAACGAGGAUCGCCAAGCGGAAAAUGAUUGGGUCGAUGGGAUCGCUAUCGAGCAGGAAAUCGUUGUGGUUCUUGUGCAACUGGUGGCGCUAGCGAGAUCUAGCGGUCGCUUUCGCCGACGUGCAGAGUACAGUAUCUAAAAGAAAUACGUGCGUUUAAUUACUGUUAUGUAUAAAUGGUAUAUAUUAUAAGUAUUAUAAGCUUGUUUAUAAACGA